AUGACUGAAGCGGCUCCAGCCUCUACAGCUGAUGGUGGGGAGGCACGCGGAUCUCGUGUCAAUGUGAAGAACUUGUGCGAAAGCACUACGGCGGAUGAGCUCAAGACGUUUUUCGCGUCCUGCGGCACAGUGACGGAUGCCGAAGUCAAAGUUAAUCAAGAUGGCUCUUCCAAAGGCUACGGCUUUGUUUGUUUUUCGACGUCAGAAGAAGCAGAGAAGGCUGUUUCCGAGAUGAACGGGAAGACUUUGGAGGACAAACAGCUGAUUGUCAAAAUCGCGGAGCGACGGCAUCCACAGGACGGCAAGGGCGAAGGUAGCAAGGGCAAGGGCAAGGGCAAGCAGAAGGCGCAACGUGGGUACUUGGACCCCUACGCCUGGUAUGGACAGGCUGCCGACCCUAUGGCGGCCAUGGGCUACCCGUACUACGAUGCAAGCAGCAUGAUGAACCCCUAUGGCUAUGAUCUUGGGGCCAUCUACAAUGCCAUGUAUGGCGUGCCAGGCAUGCCGCAGAUGUACAGUGGAUUCCCUAUGGGGGCCAUGCCCGGCAUGCCCGGCAUGCCCGGCAUGCCCAUGAGACCCAACAAGGUGCCAGGGACAGUCGACCCGAACGCGAUACUGGCCCUGCAGCAAGCACAAGCAUUUGCUCUUCAGUCGCAGGCUAUGGACACAGUUCCGAGGGAUCACAAGGGCGGUGCAAGCAAAGAAGAGGGAAAGAGCAAAGCAAAAGGUAGCGGAGGCAAGGGCAAAGGCAAGCCUGGCAAGGCCAAGGCAUCCUCCCAGGAAAGUUCCGGUCCCAUGCCGGAAGCUCCUCCGCCAGACCAGGAGUUUGUAGGAUAUCUCAAGUCCAAGAGCGAGAAGAACGGUUAUGGGUUCAUCGUAUGCAGCGAGAUACAGGAGCGGUAUCAGCGAGAUGUCUGGGUGGACAGUGAGCAGCUACCUGAAGGAGUUGACCCUGACAGUCGUGCAGAACUCAAGUUCAAUGUCACGCUCAGCACGAAGGGACACCCUCAAGCCAAGAACGUUGCUCUUGCUUGA